AUGUGGUUGCAAAAGAAUCAGUGUGAGAAGAAGGAUGGUGUGCAUGGAAUAGUGGCAGUGGCAAUAGACACAGACAAGGGAAGCCAAAAUGCACUCAAAUGGGCCAUUGAUCAUCUUCUCACAAAAGGUUCAAAAGUAGCUCUCAUCCAUGUCAAGCACAAGCCAGUUUCUCUUUCUUCAUCACCUUCUAUUUUUACCCCAAGUGACUACUAUAUUGUUUUACUCACUUUGUUGGUUGCAGGGGCAGGGAUAAAUGGUAUUGGUGAGAGUGUAAAUGUUUGCAAAGACCCUGAUGAAAAAACCAAAGAAAUUUUCCGCCCAUAUCGUGUCUUCUGUGCACGGAAAGAUAUACACUGUACGGACAUUGUACUAGAAGAUGUAGACGUGUCCAAAGCUUUAACUGAAUAUGCUGCUCAAUCAGCAGUUGAGCAUUUGGUCAUAGGCUCUUCAAACAAAACUGGUUUUCUUAGAAGAUUCAAGGUUGCAGAUAUUCCAGCAACAGUAUCAAAAGGGGCACCGGAUUUCUGUACAGUAUAUGUUGUUUCUAAAGGAAAGAUUCAAUCAAUGAGAUCUGCUUCUCGUCCUGCUCCUGCCUUUUGCCCUCUACAAAGCCAGCUUAGUCAAGCCUCUUAUAGGUCAGACCAACCAGACACACGUGUGGCAAUGGCUAAUACGGCUAAUGAAAGGCGAUCCUUCGAGGCUCCACGUAGAUCACAUGAUGGAACAGAAUCCUUCAGGUCGCCAUUCACUAGGAGAGGUGUGAAUGACAAGUCAUAUGGGGAAAUUUCCUUGCCAGAUACUGACAUAACUUUUGUGAGCUCUGGAAGGCCAAGCACAGACCGGUUAUUCCCUUACUCAUAUAAUAACAACUCAGAUGCUGCGUUUUCCAACCCUCGGCUAUCAUAUAGCUCUGACACAGAUGGAAAUCAAAGCUUUGAAUCAAUGCAUUUUGGAAGGAGGUCUAUGGAUUUCAGCUCUCCUGAAUUCUCAUCUUUCUCACAUGAUAGUGAGGGGUUAUCAUCUUCUACAACAUCACAGGAUGAUGUGGAGGCUGAAAUGAGGAGACUGAAGUUGGAGCUCAAGCAAACAAUGGAAAUGUAUAGCACAGCAUGUAAAGAAGCACUCACAGCACAACAAAAGGCUGUGGAACUUCAGCGUUGGAAAUUAGAGGAAGAAAGGAGAUUGGAGGAGGCAAGGCAAGCUGAAGAAGCUGCAUUGGCAAUGGCACAAAAGGAGAAGGCUAAAUCAAGAGCAGCCAUUGAGGCUGCUGAAGCACAGAAGAGGAUUGCAGAAUUUGAAGCCCAGAAGAGAAUUAAUGCUGAAAUGAAAGCAUUUAGAGAAGCUGAGGAGAAAAGAAAAGCAGUUGAUGCUUUAACAAGCAAAAAUGUGAGGUAUAGAAAGUAUUCAAUUGAGAAGAUUGAAGCUGCAACAAAUUUUUUUUCAGAGUCCCUGAAGAUUGGAGAAGGGGGUUAUGGUCCAGUUUAUAAGUGCCGUCUUGACCAUACACCUGUUGCAGUUAAGGUUCUACGUCCUGAUGCAGCACAAGGAAGGUCACAGUUUCAAAGAGAGGUUGAGGUAUUGAGUUGCAUUAGGCAUCCAAACAUGGUUCUCCUUCUAGGAGCCUGUCCAGAGUAUGGUUGCCUUGUUUAUGAGCACAUGACUAAUGGAAGCUUAGAUGAUCGCCUUUUUUGUAGAGGAAAUAGUCCUCCAAUUCCUUGGCAACUUAGGUUCAAAAUAGCAGCUGAAAUAGGCAGUGGCUUGUUGUUUCUCCACCAGACAAAACCUGAGCCUCUAGUUCACAGGGAUUUGAAACCAGCUAACAUAUUGCUUGACAGAAACUAUGUGGCAAAGAUAAGUGAUGUAGGUUUGGCAAGGCUAGUUCCACCAUCUGUGGCUGACACUGUGACACAAUAUUGCAUGACAUCAGCUGCUGGAACUUUCUGCUAUAUAGAUCCUGAGUAUCAGCAGACAGGAAUGUUAGGAGUAAAAUCUGAUAUAUACUCACUUGGGAUCAUUUUCCUCCAAAUAUUGACAGCAAGACCACCAAUGGGUUUGACUCAUCAUGUUGAUAGAGCCAUUGAGAAGGGAGUAUUUGGUGAUAUGCUUGAUCCAAAUGUGAAUGAUUGGCCAGUAGAGGAGGCCUUGAGCCUUGCAAAGAUAGGCCUCAAGUGUGCUGAAUUAAGAAGGAAAGAUAGACCUGAUCUUGGCAAAGAAGUGCUACCAGAACUAGACAAGUUAAGAGCACUUGCUGAAAGUUCUGAUCAGUAUUCUGUGUUUAGUGGCUACACAAGCCCAUCCAAUCAGAGCCAAGUUUCUCUUCAGCUGGAUGGAGGUAGUUCUCCGCUACAUUAUUCUGGGGAGAGUUCAAGGAACACAUCAAGCCCUAUCUGA